AGUAUAUAAAUAAUAGACAGAAACUAAAUAUAGACUAUGGAAAAUCCAAGCUUUCAUUUUGAGAACCUCAGUUUCUCUACCCUAGGUGAGCUUGGCAAGGUACAGGUUCCCGCGGGUCUUGUAGCAACCUUCCAUAUUAUGAACGGAAAGGGUGGUUCGAGACUUGCGGGAAAACCUGAACACUCAAAGAAAAGUGACCAACGCCUUGCAGAAAACAAGAAGGGUAACGGGUUACAUGGAGAACAACACGGCAGAAAACCCGACUUGGAGGUUUCAGAGAGGGUUUCGUCCCGGCAACCCUCUGACUUUGCCUCGCGCUCCCCUACUGUCAAACACACAACUGUGGUACACAGUGAUUCCAGUAUUGACUACUCUUCGCUUGAGAGAUCAACCGAACCUAAACGGGAGACGAUACCCGAGAACUGUUCAAGUAAACAGACCGAUAAAACCGUCAGUCCACUCGUUGAGCAAAGAGCUCACGUUCCGACUACUACGAGAUCCAAACCAACCCGUACCGUCGACGACAGUGGCGUUUACAAUCUUGACUCUCGCCGUUAUUCGGAUUCAAAUGCUUCCGAACAUUCGCGGAUUUCUAACUCAGAGCUUUCCAAACUAGAACCGGUUCAAUCUGGAUCUAAACAGAAAGCUACAUCAUCACCGAAAUGCAGGUUGCAGUCGGGGAAACACGAGCGUGAACAGUUAGCAAAUUACGAACAUGAAAUAACCCACCUAAAACAAACAUUAAGGAAUUUGAACUGGAAAUACGAAGAGCAGGAGACAGCAAAGGAGAGCCUGGAGAGAGAACUGGCGAAACAAAAUAAGAAUGUGAAGAAACUGAAAAGCAAAGUAAAUGAGCUCAUUGAUGCCAAUAAACAGUGGUAUGCGUACAAUGAAGACCGAGAACGUUACGUAAAGGAACUUCAGCUUAAACUCAGCGAUCAAAAGAUCGCUUACAAUAAGAUACAGUUAACAAUAGCAGAAUUAAAACAAAAAAUAAAGAUGAAAAAUGAAGAAAUACAUCAUCUGAAACGACAAAGUGCAGCAAACGAAAAAUCUUCGAGAGAACAUUCGUCAUUGACGGCAGAACUGAAUGAUUACAAAGUUCAGGUUACCUUUUUGAGAGAGCAGCUAAAACAGUACAUGGAGGACUUCAAUACGGAACGACAAGAAAAAGAAAUGGUUUUCAGAAAGCUCAUAAAAUUGCAGGAGGAGCAGAGACAACAGGCAGACACCACUCCAUGCAGCAAGAGAACCGAAAAAGUGGAAUCCCCUUUAUCCAGUGAAACUACCAAUUACCAAACUGCACAGAGCCUAAACUUACAGCUAACACCAGAAGCCGACCACGUGUGGCAGAAAAUUAGCCCCGAGCAUAACUCCAAAUCGUUGCCCACGAGCAAAAUGGUAGUCGGGGGUAGCAGAAUUGUAGAGGGUGCCACCGGCGGUUAUGAGUUCCAAGAAAUACUACGAUGUCCCAAGUGUUGGAAAGAGUACCUACCCAGUCAGCAUCUGGAUCUUCUAGAACACAUCGACAUAUGUUGCACAUAG